AUGGCCAGUCUAACAGAGGGCCACCCACCAAUUGGAAUUGAUGAUAUAAACGAUGAAAGUAAGCACAAGAAAUUGAACACGGAUGUUGUAGAGAGAGAAAGUGGAGAGAGAGAGAUGGGGCACUCGAUUCACAGGUCUGGGUCUCGGCCGCAGCUGGACCUCAGCAAGGCAGCUAUUCAAGGGAAUUUUGAGGAGAAGGAUCCCACAAUUCUGUUGCCUAACCAGUCUGAUGAUAUAUCUCACUUGGCUUUGGAUAUUGGAGGGUCGCUUAUCAAGUUAGUUUAUUUUUCAAGGCAUGAGGACCGAUCAGUUAAUGACAGGAGAAAGAAGUCUAUCAAGGAAAUAUUUGGUGUUUCUAAUGGUAAUAGGAGGAGCUACCCUAUUCUAGGAGGAAGGCUGCAUUUUGUGAAGUUUGAGACGGCCAAGAUCAAUGAGUGCUUGGACUUUAUUUCUUCCAAGCAGCUUCACCGUGGCGGGUUGGAUGCACGCCAUUGGAAUUCUGAUGCCCCAGACAAUGAAAAUGCAGUGAUUAAGGCUACAGGUGGUGGAGCAUUCAAAUUUGCAGACCUCUUCAAAGAAAGGCUUGGGGUUAGUAUAGAUAAGGAAGAUGAAAUGGGUUGCCUCGUGUCUGGUGCAAAUUUCUUGCUCAAGGCAAUUCGUCAUGAAGCUUUUACUCACAUGGAGGGUCAAAAAGAGUUUGUGCAGAUUGACACAAAUGAUUUAUUUCCGUAUCUUCUGGUUAAUAUCGGAUCUGGUGUUAGUAUGAUCAAGGUUGAUGGGGACGGGAAGUUUCAGAGGGUCAGUGGGACUAAUGUCGGUGGUGGUACAUAUUGGGGCUUGGGAAAACUGCUAACCAAAUGCAAGAGUUUUGAUGAAUUGCUGGAGCUUAGUCAACGAGGAGAUAACAGAACCAUAGACAUGCUUGUUGGUGACAUCUAUGGCGGUAUGGAUUACUCCAAGAUUGGUCUCUCUGCAUCGACAAUUGCUUCUAGUUUUGGCAAAGCAAUUUCUGAGAACAAGAAUCUUGAAGACUACAGACCUGAAGAUAUUUCCCUGUCACUCUUGCGAAUGAUUUCAUACAAUAUUGGACAGAUAGCUUACUUAAAUGCUCUGCGUUUUGGGCUUAAGCGAAUUUUUUUUGGAGGAUUCUUUAUAAGGGGUCAUGCUUAUACGAUGGAUACAAUCUCUUUCGCUGUUCAAUUCUGGUCGAAGGGAGAUGCACAAGCAAUGUUUUUAAGGCAUGAAGGGUUUUUAGGAGCUUUAGGUGCAUUCAUGAGCUACGAAAAGCAUGGUUUGGAUGACUUGAUGGUCCAUCAUUUGGUAGAAAGGUUUCCAAUGGGUGCGCCAUACACCGGAGGAAAGAUUCAUGGUCCACCACUGGGGGAUUUAAAUGAAAAGAUAUCAUGGAUGGAAAAGUUUGUGCGGAAGGGAACUGAGAUUACUGCACCUGUUCCAAUGGCUCCACCAGGAACCACUGGCCUUGGUGGUUUUGAAGUCCCAUCAUCCAAGGGAGAUACUUUGCGUUCCGAUGCAAGUAACCUCAACGUCGGUGUUCUCCAUCUUGUACCCACUUUGGAGGUGUUUCCAUUAUUGGCAGACCCAAAAACAUAUGAACCCAACACUAUAGAUCUUGCUGAUCACGGUGAGCUAGAGUAUUGGUUCACUGUGCUGUCAGAGCAUUUGCCAGACCUUGUUGAUAAGGCAGUAGCAAGUGAAGGUGGAACCGAAGAUGCCAAACGGAGGGGUGAUGCAUUUGCUCGUGCAUUUUCUGCUCACCUGGCAAGGUUGAUGGAGGAGCCUGCUGCAUAUGGAAAGUUGGGGCUGGCCAAUCUGUUGGAACUAAGGGAAGAGUGCUUGAGGGAGUUCCAAUUUGUUGAUGCCUAUAGAAGCAUAAAACAAAGGGAAAAUGAGGCAUCUCUUGCCGUACUACCUGACCUGCUAAUGGAGCUUGAUAGUAUGAAUGAGGAAGCAAGGCUGCUUACACUAAUUGAAGGUGUUCUUGCUGCAAACAUCUUUGAUUGGGGGUCUCGUGCCUGUGUUGAUCUCUACCAUAAAGGAACAAUUAUUGAAAUAUAUAGAAUGAGUCGCAACAAGAUGCAAAGACCUUGGCGGGUCGAUGAUUUUGAUCUUUUUAAAGAGAGAGUAUUAGGGUCGGGGGAAAAGAAACCCCACCCACAUAAAAGAGCAUUGCUCUUUGUGGACAACGCUGGUGCUGACGUAGUCCUGGGAAUGCUUCCGCUAGCACGGGAGCUCCUCCGACGGGGAACUGAAGUUGUUCUGGUGGCGAACUCACUCCCUGCACUAAAUGAUGUUACUGCUAUGGAGCUUCCUGAUAUUGUGGCCGAGGCUGCUAAGCAUUGUGACAUUCUUCGCAGGGCUGCUGAAGCAGGAGGCCUACUGGUGGAUGUGAUGAUUAACGCCGCAGAUGUUAACAAAGAAAAUUUCUCUUCGGUUCCUUUGAUGGUUGUUGAGAAUGGUUGCGGAAGCCCUUGCAUAGACUUGAGGCAGGUUAGCUCAGAGCUCGCUGCUGCUGCAAAAGAUGCUGAUUUGGUAAUCUUGGAAGGGAUGGGUCGAUCUCUACACACUAACUAUAAUGCUCAGUUUAAGUGUGAUGCAUUGAAGCUUGCAAUGGUGAAGAAUCAGCGGCUGGCGGAGAAGUUGAUUAAAGGAAACAUAUAUGAUUGUGUUUGCAGAUACGAACCUGCUAGUUCAGAUCUUCAAUCCUCAAGCUUGUGCUAGUCAACCCGGAUGACAUCAUUUGUGUUGUGGAUGUAACAUCUGGGAGGGAUUAAAACUCUCUUCUGCUCAACUAGAUUGUAAUUUUGUUGUUUAUGCCACUUGGUUAAAGGGAAAUGCUUUGGACACAGAUGUCGGGACACAAAUCCGAAGAUGUUCGAUGUGCAUGGGUCCCAUGGACAUAGCGUGUAAACCACGUUCAUCGGACGGUUUCAAAAACAUCUGUGACUGACCGGUGCCCUUGCCAUUUCUAAGAAAAAACACACCAUAACAUACGGGAAUUAUUAGUCUGCUUUUUUGAGCUUGACAACCGUAGCAAAAGAAAAAAAGAAAAAAUCAAAUCAAA